AUGCCUCAUGCGCACUCGAGUUCAGCGGCGAGCUCGGGCGGCGACGACCUGGGCUCCACAGAUGAGGUGAAGGUGUUUAAGGACGAAGGUGACGGAGAAGACGAAAAGCGAAGCUCUGAGAACCUUCUCGAAGAGAAGUCUAGUCUUAUUGAUUGGACCGAGAGUGAGGAAAAAUCGGGUGAACCUUAUUCUGGAAAAUUAUCUGUGAAAUCGGAUUUAAGUCCCGUUUUUGGUAAAUUCGAGCCGCAUCCAGCUGCAAGUUUUAACAUGGGCUACCUCGUGACACCUUACCCCUAUCCCAAUGGUGGAGCGCAUCCCCUGCCCGUCUCUAUGACCAGUAAGAUGGGUCUACCUGCAGGUGGCGGUCUUUCACUGUUCUGCCCGGGUGGUGACUUAGGGCAGCCACCGCCUGCGCAUAUGGGCAUCCCUCCGCCCUAUCAGCUGGACUCCAAACUGGCAGCGGGUUUAGCGCGGACACCCAUGUACCCUUUCCCAGGGGGUACAUAUCCUUACCCUAUGCUCAGUCCGGAGAUGUCACAAGUAGCGGCGUCGUGGCAUACUCCGAGCAUGUAUCCGAUUUCUUCGGCUGCCAGUGGCUUCCGAAGCCCAUACCCCACGUCGCUACCAAUCAGCAGUUCUAGUCUUUCAAGAUAUACAUUUUAUACAGCACGACGCGAAGCUGAUGAAUCUUGCGAAGACUGGGCGUGUCGGCUGCAAAACCUUGCGUCAAAGUGUAAUUUUGGAAAUGAAGAAACUAUCGUUGUCCGCGAUAUUUUUGUGUCCGGAUAUGGAUCAGGUGCCGUACAAAACCGUCUUUUUGAAGAAGACCCAUCCAGCACUAGCACAACUCUUUCGAAACUUAUCGCAUUAGCUAGCGUCUUAGAGACACCUAUCAGCGAAAAAACACUAAACGAAACAAUCAAGGAUGAACCAUUAGACGACCUGCUGUAUACAAGUGAAUCUGAGUUAUAUCGGUUCUCGCCGACGUUGGGCGGCGGGCUAGGGCUUGGAUUGAGCCCAGCGUUGGUCCCAGCGCCGCCAUCUAAAGUGGACAUCUUUUCACACCAUCCAAGAUCACAGGUAGAGAAGAGUAGUGGUAGCAGCGCAAGCGAAAAACAAUCCGAAGGUACGGCCAACACGAACAAUAAAGAGCAAAACAAGAAGCCCCACAUAAAGAAACCCCUAAACGCCUUCAUGUUAUACAUGAAAGAAAUGAGGGCAAAAGUUGUAGCUGAAUGCACCCUCAAGGAGUCCGCAGCGAUCAACCAGAUCCUUGGCAGACGGUGGCAUUCAUUGAGUCGCGAGGAGCAGGCAAAAUACUAUGAGAAAGCGAGGCAAGAGAGACAGCUCCAUAUGCAGCUAUACCCCGGGUGGAGCGCGAGGGACAACUACGGUUACGGUUCCAAAAAGAAAAAGCGGAAAAAGGACCGAGGUCCCGCUGAAUUGGGAGGAUCAAAAUUGCCGUGGGGACGCGAACAGCGGGCUGUUUUUCUAGCACCAGCUUUUAGGACGGGGCCGAGCCGUGUUGGGCCGCCGUCGAAGUGCAUUUCUCUUUUCUUUCCAUAUUGCUGCCCAUUGACGGUACAGUGGCACGCACUCGGCCGGGAGGAACAAGCCAAGUAUUACGAGUUGGCGCGUCGGGAACGCCAGCUACACAUGCAACUCUAUCCCGAUUGGUCGUCUAGGGCUAAUACGCAAAGGGGCAAGAAGAGGAAACGAAAACAGGAGACAAUCGAUGGAGGAAAUAAUUUGAAGAAAUGUCGGGCGCGAUAUGGCCUCGAUCAACAAAACCAAUGGUGCAAACCUUGCAGGCGGAAGAAGAAGUGCGUACGUUACUUAGAAGCGCUGGCGGCGGCGUCCGGGAGCGUGCCGCACCCGAUGGCGACACCCCAGUCGCCCUGCUCUGAGGAGGACGUGAAGCUGGAGGAGCUCUCGGACGCGUCGAGCGAUGGUGAGGCCGACACGCCGCUCAACUCUGCGUCGAGCCCCGGCGGGCUCAGCGCGCUGUCGUCGCUCGCGUCGCCCGCCUCCGACCCGCCGCCCCCACCCCGACACCCCGUCGGCACCAACCCCCGCGACGCCAACAACCCCCUCUCAGUCGGCCAACUCACUUCCCAGUCGUGGCCGCGAGCUGCCCAAACCCGACCCGGACACGAGGUCAUAUCGGUGUCCUAG